UUGUGUAUGUACGUAAGCAAUGGAUCAAGAAAUGAAAUCCAAAACUAACAAUCAAAAAAAUGACGAAGCAUCAAAAGUAAUGAAUAUGAUAGCAGAUAAAGUUGAAUCAGUUCAGUCAAUAUAUUUGGAAGUUAAAGACAAACAACCGAUCGAUCAGAAAUCAGGCAUUGUUAUCAAAUUUAUGUCAAAUGAAAAAUCUAUCAUCGAUGUUAAUAAUGAAAAUAAAAUGAAAUUGAUAAAUGUACGGCCGACUAUUGAUCAACCUUCGAAUGAUUCUUCUUGUUAUUCUGCAAUGAUUGAUGGCAAAAAUUUCCCGGUACCGAUGCAAUUAGAGGAAUCAGAAAGUUCGGAAGCCGAUUUAUUCGUCACCAGAUCGGAAUUGUUGGCCGAAGAAAAUGUUCCAUCGAUUAUCGGUAUUCAAGAAAAAGAUCAGCAAAUUAAAUCGAAUAUUGUGGAUGUCAUACCAUCUAAUCAACAACAGCGACAACAACAAACAUCAUCGGUCAUAAUAGAAACCCAUAAACAAUUUCAGACAAAAGGUACAAAAUUAGAAUUAACAUUAAACAAGGUAAAAAAAGCGAUAGAAAAUCUUCGACCCUCAACACCGAUAUCUUCGAUGCCUACAUCUGCAUCGUCAAUGAUCAUAGAUUACACUUCGGCAGGUCAGGAUUUGGUCCGAUUUAAAUGGAUACCAUUGCAGUCGGUAGAAGAAAUUAGAAAGAAUUGGCUCGAGUGGAAUCAAAAACAGGAAUCAGCGUGCAUAUUAAUGGAUGAAAAUAGUUUGUCGGUUGUUGACGGAGAUGAUCAAUCAGCUGUCUAUUAUGAUCGUUAUCAUAAAUUAUUUGCAUCAAAAAUACGUGGGACUGCAUUUUAUCUAGGACGUUAUCGAAAUCAUCAUCCAAUACUGGUCAAAAGAAUUAAUACCGAGCGGAAAUAUUUUGAUUUGGAUGCCACCUGGAUCGCAAUAGCAAAACAAAUUUGUUCUCCAUCAAAAAAUGAUAACGAACCAUUUAUAAAAAUCUACGAAAUUUUUCAUUCACCAUCCGCUUCUCAAAUAUUCAUGUUCGUAGAAUUGUUACCAAAUAAAUCUUUACAUUAUCAUCUAAGAAGACGACGAUCGAUUCAUAUUGAUGAAAUUACUCUUUGGUCGAGUCAAUUAUUGAAUGGUAUAGCGUUCCUUCAGAAUCGUGCCAUUGUCAACAGGUCAUUGCGUUUGGAACAUCUUCUUUUAGAUGAACGAUUCAAUAUAAAAAUAAUCAAUUUCCGUCGUGCAAUACCAUUUUGGAUUCCUAGCCCUACUAUUGGUCGUCAACAAAUGAAUCGAAUUUCUAGACGAGAACGAAAAUGUCGUCAAAACAAUCAUCUACCACCCGAAUGUUUUCAUAACAAUUAUGAUCCACAAGAAAUUGAUCUAUGGUCAUUUGCUGUUGUUGUAUGUUCAUUGGUUACCUAUCGUUAUCCAUUUAAAUGUAUGUCAAGACAUAUCAUUCGAAAUAUGGAACAAUGUUGGCUAGAUUUUAAACAAAGACAUCAAUCAUUAUUCAUUACGACUAACGAUGGUGUUCGUAUUCUUGAACAAAUAGCUGAAAUGCUAUCAAUGAUAUUCAAACAAGAUCCUUGCAAACGUGCUAAUGUUAAUGAUAUACAGAAAUGUUCAUUCUAUCGCAAAAAUAAUCCAUAA